GAAGCCAAAAAUUGUGACAUGAUUAACAAAAUUCUAAUUUUAAAUGCGCAAGAAACACUUUGAGGUAGGAAGUGACCUUGUCAAGAUGUACACACUACAGCACUGAACCAUUUGAUAGGAUUGAGAACAUACACAAAUUCAAAUUCUAGAAAAGGUCAAUUACUAAAUGGAGAACAAAAAAUAAAUAAACGAGGGUCAUUUUCAUCAUUUUACAAAAUACAAAUCGCAAAAUAACUUUUUCUAUUUGAAAUAUGUAUUUUAAAUACAUGUAUCAGACCCUGUAUGUCCCUGUGUAUGUGACGGUUUGCAAAAAGGGUUAAGUUAGUUCAAAGUGGUCGCAUGCAACCACUGGCUCCUCUGUCAUUGGAUGGCACAGGAGUAUAUAUAUUGAUGUGUGAGUGUGAAUGUUCACAGACGUGGAGACUUAGUUGCGUUUCAGAUAAGAAAAAAGAGGCAACAGUAAUCUCCUCUGUCAUUCCUGGGACUUCAUGAGAACUUUUUCAUGACCACUCUCAGGCAUCAAAGGUCAUAAUUCUGACAUGUGUGACCGUCAAGAGAAAAACUACAAGCAUGGAAAGACUGUGCCGCACCAGCACCAAAACCAGGACCAGUACCGGCAAAAGCUGUAUCAGUCAGAUGACGACUAUAGCCAAGACACCCGUUCAAAGGCAGAUGGCAGCAUUUUGAAUGAAGACCAUGGACGUCAUCACUGUCAGUCUCAUCACGACCAUCACAAGCCACAUCUCCACCGCGCUUCUCUUCCGGAAAUCUCUCUGACUUCCUCAGCUGGUUCCUCUUCGUCCUCGCCGUCUUCCUUCUCUUCGUCUUCCUCCUCUUGUUCCUCCUUCUCUUCCUCCUCUUCCUCCUCCAGCUUCUCCUCUGACACCAGCAGCGACUGCUGGGAUAGAGCUGCACACAAGAAGCCUCGGCAUUCGCAGUCCUGCACAGACAUCACGGGAAAACACGGAUACUUUGACGGAGAAGACGACACAGCUCCUCUGAUAGAUAAAAAACGUGUGAGCAGACGCUCGGUCAAAGGGAAAAGGGAGAGAGGCAAGUCCUCACGCAGCCCGACUCAGGACACCGCUAACAAAACACAGAAGAUUAGAAGAGGAUCCAGAAGUGAUGGAAAUGUCCGGAAAUCCAAGUCCAUGGAGGCUCUGAGUAGACCUAAAGACAGAGAGGAACAUGAAAACUGUGACGAAAAUGAACAAGAAAGGAGGAAAAGUGAAGCCCGAAAGAAUUUAACGAAGGAGAAAAUGAAGUUCUCUGCUUUCCUCAAUGAAAUCACUCGGCAGGUGCUCAGCCCGAUGAGACUCACCACUCUUGGGGUCACAGAUGCUCAAAGACCCUGCAGUUCACGGCAGGCUUCCGUUAAGUCCAGUAAGAUGGACAGCAGCACUAACAAACACGGACAACAGAAGAGCUGGCCCACCAGCGCAGACUCGGUUAGCUCCAGUGAACGCUCUCAUACCGGCAAGCAACACUCUACUCAACUCUCCAAAUCUAAAUCCUUCCACCACAGCCGCAGUCACCAUUCUGGAGACUCGCCCAGUCACAUGUACCCCAGGCCCAAGAGUUGCACUGACAUUAGCUGUUUGAAAAGAGCUCAAAGUCCUCAGCAUCACAACCACACGCCUUCCAAUAAGGGCUACCACCGUCACCAGGGCGAUCACGCCUCUCGUCAUCACCACCGUCGUCAUCAUUGUGAAGACUGCAACUGCCUGAACAAUCACAAUCACCACAGAGACCAAGACGGCACAGAUCAUCUGCAUCGACAAGGACAUCAUGGAGGGCAUCAUAGCCCCACCAAUCACCAUGGUAACCAAUAUAAACACAAUAGCGUCUACCAUAGCCUGUCCCGUCCCCAUCAUAAUGGAGACCGUCGUUAUGGAUGCCACUUCAGCCCGACUUGCCACCACGGACAGCACUGUCAUCGCCAUGGAAACCGCCGUGGACCUUCUCGUCACCAUAGUGACCAACAUGGCCAUGCUCUUCACCAUGGAGAAGAACAAAGUACCACUUUUCAUUACACCCAUGGAGACCAAAGUUCACCACAUAAUCGUGAAGGUCACACCACUCCAUCACAUCCCCAUCUUCAUGGCUCGGGUUACUACCACCACCACCAAAGCAGCCACCCAAAAACUGAGUGUCCUACUACAUCACAUCACCACAGGCAUCAUAGCUCAUCCAGUGACCAUGGUAAUCAUCACAGCCCACCACAUCACCAUCACCACAAUCAGCAUCACCUGGGAGACCACCACAGUGAAGGUCAUCAUUAUCACCAUGGUGACAGUGAAUCUCAUCAGCAUCACCAUGGAAACCACCAAAGUCCAAGCCAUCGCCAUGGAGACCACCACAAUGAAAUUACUCAGCAUCACCAUGGAAACCACCAAAGUACAAGCCAUCACCAUGGAGACCACCACAAUGAAUUUACUCAGCAUCACCAUGGAGACCAUUACAGUCCAGGCCAUAACCAUCAACAUGGAGACCACCACAGGGAAACGUAUAAGCAUCACCAUGGGGACCACUACAGGGAAACACAUGAGCAUCACCAUGGAGACCACCACAGGGAAACACCUGAGCGUUUCCAUGGAGACCAACACAGGGAAACACAUGAGCAUCACCAUGGAGACCACCACAGAGAAACACAUGAGCAUCACCACGGAAACCACUGCAGUUUUGGCCAUCAGCAUCACCAUGGAGACAAGCAAUCACAUUGGUAUUUCCAUGAGGUUGAACACAAUCGAUCUCACCUGCAUCACCAUGACAACCACCACAGUGACUCGCAUUUGCAUCACCAUAGCGACCAUUCCAAAGAAUCUCAUCCACAUCUCCAUGACAACCACCGGAGUGAUUCGCAUCACCAUAGCGACCAUUCCAAAGAAUCUCAUCCACAUUUCCACUCCAGUGAAUCUCAUCUGCAUCACCAUGGAGACCACAACAGUGAAUCUCAUCUGCACCACCAUGAAGAUGAUGUUUGCCAUCACCAAGGACAUCAUCCUGAAUCACAUGUCAACCAUGAUGACCUCCACACUCAUUUAAAGGGACCUUCUGCUCGCAGUCCACCUUCACACAAGAAGUCAGAGUCUCAUACCAACAAAGCAGAUUUACCCAGCAACCCUAGGAGCCGUGAUGAGGAACAGACAAGUUUUUUGGACUCGUCAUCGUCAUAUAAAGAAAAGCCAGAUGAGCUGGGUAGAAUCAUGAAAUCACAGGACAAGGACGACGGUCUGCAUCGAAGCUCGCUGAGGACGGAGUGUUCCGGAGAGGAAUUCAUGAACAACCAGAGGCUUUUGGAGGCAGAGCUUCAGAAGACACGCAUAGAGCUCAGCAACCUCACUGAGAGGUUCAAGAGACUCCACGACAGCUGCUCCUCGACAGAGCAGACCAAUGAUCUGCUUCAGAAAAACCUCCAUUCCAUGGCUCAGAGUAUGGAAGGAGAACGCGAGAGGUUGAACCGGCGUAUUUCGGCACUGACGGAGCAGCUCACUGAUGCUAAAUUUACUGACAAUGUGGAGACAGGAACUCACUUCAAUGCAACGUCAGCACUGCACAACACUAACAUCCAUUUUCAGUCAGAUGGUGCCAUUAAUCAGGUGGUUCUCCCCAUCACUCCUCCUCCCACUCAGUUCAUGGACAGCCAUGACUAUGGCAAAGCUAAAGUCAGCGGGCAGGAGCAAUCUUUGGGUUCAGUUCCAGAGGAGGAAGAGGAGUCUGACUGGUCAGAGAUGGGAGAAGAGAUCCCACGGUUUAUACUGACCGGACUGGGCAGAAAUCAAGUGUGGAGACACCAGGAGGGAGACAUGGACGGAGACAGUGAGUCAGGAGGUGAGGAAACGUUCAGACUGCACUCUCAGAUACCUCAUCUCCAGUUCACGAUCCACAGUGAGAUUUUACCGGCUCUGCAGACCAAUACUUGCCCACCUGGCUUCACAAACCUGUCUGAGGCCAUGACAGUGGAGAGCAGUUACAGGAUCACCUCAAGUCCAGCCCUUUGCUCUUCAAUCCUGAUCCGAUCGGCCAGCCUGGAAGAACUUCCACACCGUCACAUGCUCAAAGAGCUGAGAGGCACAGAGGCCAUGAUGGACCUCCACCACCACCCGAGCCACGAGGUCAUGGAGGACUUGGAAGAUGAGAUCAUUCAUCACUGGAGAACAAGCAGCGACAUGGGGGCAGGUAUUGGGAGUGCGAUGGAGAGCAGCCUGGUGGGCCUGCGGUCGGCCGAGCAGAUGCUCAACCAUUUCAUCUGUGAGUCACAGCUAAGCGAGGGGAAAGUUCAGAGCGGGGCCGAGGUGCAUGGCUGGACGGGAGGAAUAAGAGAUGAGGUGUUGAAAGGGGAGCGAACAGAGCUUUGACGUUGUGAGCGAAAAUCAUAGAAUAAAUCGAUCUUUCGAACUUUGAAUUCCAACUUUUCCGGACAGAAUACUAGGCUUCCUCAAAAAUGAACAUAUGUUUAACCAUUCCCACUUCCCUCAAAAAGUAAUUUGUGUCACUAGAGGCAAGAGGCCCAAGUGAUGUAUGUAUUUAAUAUGUAAACAAACAGCUUUUGUCUGUAGCUUAAAAGCUUAAAAUUUGAUGGUGACGUGUAGUUUUCUUGAGUAGAUUUUUUGUUCUUUCCUCUCCAUAGAAAACGUAGUACUUAGUAGAUUGUUGUUUUGCUUUAUUGGACAAAACAUUAUGGUAACACUUUAUAUUAGGAACACAUAUUUACCAUUAACUAGGUGCUCACUGACAUGCAUAUAGGUAGCAUACUAGCCCUUUAUUAGUAAAUAUUAAGCACAUAUUAACACCUUAUUUAGGGAAAAUCUUAAUUCAUGUCGUAAUAGAGGUAGAAUAAGGUGUUAAUACGUGCUUAAUAAUUACUAAUAAAGGGCUCUAGUAUGCUACUUAUAUAUGUUAGUAAGCACCUAGUUAAUGAUGAAUAUGUGUUCCCUAAUAUGACAUGUUACCAACAUUAUGAACUCAUAUAACUUCUUAUGUAUGUAGUCAAGACAAUAAUGCAAUUUAGCCAGAAACAUACAGAAAGCAUUAAAAGACAUGGUUUGUAAUACAAUGAUUUAUGCGGGUGCAAACCCUGGUGUACAGACAUGAGUGUCACUGCUGAAUACAAUAUGUAAUGCAGUAGCUUUUAUUACGAUAUGUGUAUAUGUCAACGUAUUGUGCUGUAUUUCCUCUGGUUAUCGUUGUUUCCCUCUGUUGACAUCGACCUGCUAAAUGCGAGUGCUCACACAUGAAGCAGCGCUCCUCGCUUGUGUAAAUGUAAUGUGUCCAUAUAAACAUUUAAUAAAGACAAC